CAGAAGCGAGACAAGACUCCAAAAUUAUACUGUAAAUGAUACUAAGCGACAACAUCCCGCAACCCCUUUGCUCCGUCUUCUUUCUUUCCUCAUUUUCCCCUUCUUUACUUUUCUCUUACGAUGGGUUUCCUCGAUUUUCUCCUCGAUUGGCUACGAAGCUUAUUCUUUAAGCAGGAGAUGGAACUUUCCCUUGUUGGCCUUCAAAAUGCAGGAAAGACUUCUCUUGUUAAUUCAGUUGCUACAGGAGGCUAUAGUGAAGACAUGAUUCCAACUGUUGGGUUUAAUAUGCGAAAAGUUACAAAAGGUAAUGUUACAAUAAAGCUUUGGGAUCUUGGAGGGCAACGAAGAUUUCAUACUAUGUGGGAGCGUUACUGUCGUGGGGUCUCUGCAAUCCUUAUUGAACUCUUUUCUUGUGAUUGGAUACUUUGUUUCAUGUCCUUUUUUAUGAAUGGAGGCAGAUAUGUUGUUGACGCUGCGGACAGAGACAGUGUCCCUAUAUCACGAAGUGAGUUGUUUGACUUAUUGGCAAAGCCUUCUUUAAGUGGAAUCCCUUUACUUGUUCUUGGCAACAAAGUUGACAAGUCAGAGGCUCUUUCCAAGCAAGCUUUAGUGGAUCAGCUAGGCCUUGAAUCAAUAACUGAUAGAGAGGUGUGCUGCUACAUGAUCUCAUGCAAGGAUUCCAUAAACAUAGAUGUUGUGAUCGAUUGGCUUAUCAAGCACUCGAAAACCACUAAAUGAAAACAUGGUUUGAUUUUUAUCCAGCUUGUAUCUUCUUGAAGAAUGAUGAAGGUCAAAGCCCCAAGCUUGCUGCAGAACAAGUGUUGAAAACCCUCCUGGUGGAAUGUCACCUUCUAUUUGGUUUUGAUUGUGCUCCAAAUAAGUUUGUGUGCUGUUCUGAAACUACCUAAUCAUAUCCUUCGUGCGAUGUUAUGUUUAUAUCUUCUCUGUUGCCUGAUUAA